AUGCCUCUCUCUCAUCUGUUCACAUUGCCAGUUACUUGCUUGCGCGAGGCUAAUGCAGCGCCACAUUGGCAACUCCAACUGGGGAUGGUAGUUUCGGCACAGACGUUGUCAUCAGUAUCAUCACAUCAAGACACAUACAAAGGCCACACAGGCUUCUGGAGUUUUACGGACCUUGAACUUCUCACUACUUUUCACAUCCCUGCCCGGGAUCCUGGCCGUCCCGAUUCCCCGCCGAUGUUUUCCCUUUAG